CCCGCCCUUUCCAAAAUUUAGAUGAAAGGGCUUUUGGAUUUUGGGUGACGCUUUGAAUCACGUGUUCAUAGGAAAUACACUCGCUAUAAUUUUGGCUGCCUCGUCCUGCGCCGCCGACCAUAGUUGUUUGCUGUCCAUACUGUGUACCAGGAUAGGUAAUGUACCUUGCAUGUGGUCACUAGCGAGUUCACGCCAGUUCACCGGGUUCACUUGAGGAGACAUCCCACCCCCUCCUCUCAAAGCUGAACGAAGGGAGCUAAUCUAAUAUUAUUCAUUUAUAUAUUAAUGUCGGAUUCCGUCUCCCGGGCCAACCAUUAAGGUUUCCAGCAGUCUACAAAGGCAAACUUGUCCAUGGACCAGAAAUCCUAAAGAGGCGGACCGGCCAUCAUGAAGCAACACUGUGAUGUCAUAUUAACUGCUCCAUGACACUAAACCUCUGUUUGACCUCUCCACUAUCCACCCGCCCUCUGUUUCCAUCAGACCGGACCUUCAACCAGUCACUCACACACACAACACACAGCACUGCACCAUGGCUAGCAAGAGGAAGUCCACUGUGCCCUGCAUGAUACCAUCCAAAUCCAAGCACAUGCGUGAGGAGAUCAUAAUGGGCUGCCUGCCAGAUCUCCUGCCCACAAUCCCAGAAGAUAGCAUACUCAGCAUCUCUGGAGACGGGUCCGGCCACAACCAACACACGUCCCCCAAACCACCCGAAAUCAACAGGGGACAGAAAGGGGGCACGUACAGUUGCUCAAACUGUCGGUUUGAGUCCAGAGACCUGAACUACUUUCUGGACCACAUGCAUAAUUGCCACAUAGACUUCAGAGCACAGCCCACCUUCUACUGCCUCAACUGCGGGGUAUCAGUUGUGCGUUUUGAGGCCCUGGCUCUGCAUAACGCUAAGGCCCACAGAGGAAUAAUGCAAGGCUCCAUCACAGCCUCCCUCCAAGUCAACAAGAGGGACGGGUUGACCACCGUGGAGCAAAGUCUCUUCACUGAAAGUGGGGAAGACUACAGAGAGUCUGGGCUGUCUCUCACCAAAACACCCAUUGCAAAGAUGAUGAAAACCAAGGGAGAGCACAAAAAGAUAGUGGUUUCCCACACUGUGGAGGUACGAAAGAUAGACACUGGAAAGGAUGUAGACCUCAACAUGCUGACAAAUGUGCCUGAACUCCAAAACGGGGCUCUCAAUGUUUCUGGUGCCCCAGCUAUGUCGAGGACUACCGUCACCCGCGUGACCACGACGACGUCCAAUCAAGUCUUUCACCAGCAGACGCCUCCCCUUUACUCCUCCCAUUCCUCCAAUUCCUUUAAAGACCUUCCAAAGGUGAUGAUCCCUCUAAGCAGCAUCCCGACCUACCAUGCCGCCAUGGACACCAGCAGCUUCCUGAAGACAUCCUUUGGCAAGUUCCCCUAUCCGACCAAAGCAGAGCUCUGCUAUCUGACGGUGGUCUCAGAGUUCCCAGAGGAGCAGAUCAAGUUGUGGUUCACCGCCCAGCGGCUCAAGCAGGGUAUCAGCUGGUCUCCUGAGGAGAUUGAAGAGGCCAGGAGGAAGAUGUUCAACACUGUUUUCCAGGGCCAGCCACAGCAGAAGCAGCCGGUAGUGCCACAGCAUGCCAGUCACAUGGUCACCCACCGCACCGUCACCUCCCAGCCUGCCCUAUUGGGCCCAGUAGGACCACACUACCCCAUGCCCAAUAUCCCCUUCGGCAGUUUAAGGAAUCGAUCCACCGGGGUCAUUACCACACAAGCUAACAUGUCCACCAACCCCAAGGUCACGAGGGUCACCUACUCUGCUCCAGCCUACCCCCCAAAGUUUCCAUCUGUUGUUAGAACGGCGCAGGUGCUGAGCAAGAACACCCACCUACCACCGCUUGAGCCAACUAAGAACAAUGGCCUGGACAUGGCUGGAGGCAGUGUCUGCGUCAGUAGCACUAGCAGCAGUCGCAGCAGUAGCAGCAGCAGUUGCAGCAGUAGCAGCAGCAUCAGCAGUUAUUCCAGUUGUAGUAACGGCGGGGAAACUGGAAAAAAGAAGCACGUGAACGGCAACAGCCCCACUAACGGAAUGGUUACCUGCUCUAACAACACGAGCAAUAAUGAGGAGCACGGCAGCAACACGCACGUCAAAAUGGACACUAUACCCAUGGAGAUGGAAGGUGGUGCCACUACCAAGAGUAAAGUGAUUGUGAAUAACACCAGCAUAACUGACAUCCCCUGCAACACCUAUAACAACAACAGCACUAUGACUCAACACGAGCAGUCCCGGUUCACAAAGCCUAAUGGCGACUGCAAUAACUAUACGAACCAACACACCAAAAACGGCAGUAUAAGUAGUGAUUGCCCCAGCACUACAGGUAACGACAGUGUUCCCGACUUCCCCAACCAUGCAACCAGCAACUCCCCAAACGAAAGCACCAGCACCACUGUCAUUACCAAGAGCUGCAGCAGCCUGUCGCCUCUGGAGGAGGGCCCGUUCACCAAGGACUUCCCCAUCAAAGGCAUGUCGAUCCUGCAGCAACUCAUCAAGGACGACCCCCCUGAGCAGGACCCGUGCUGUCCAGAGGUGAAGUUCGAUCCCAUCCAGAUCAACCUGAAGAAACAGAAGAUGAACGACCUGGAGCCUAAGUCAGAUAUGGAUAUUUUUGCGCCUUUAACAAUGAACCCAGUUACAUUCGACAGUCCCCUAUCACAGCCGUCCUUUCCAUCCCCCUGGGGCAAUAUGACCCCUCACCAGGUGCACAUCCUCCGGCAAGUGUUCUGCGGCACACCCUGGCCCAGCAGCCAGCAGUACGAGGACCUAAGCAUCAUGACUGGCCUGCCCAAGUCAGAGGUGGUGCGUUGGUUCAGCGACAGCCGCUACAUCCACAAGAACAGCCAGCGGAAGUGGCUGGAGAGCUACCAGCGCCUGCCAAUGGAGUCGGAGGAGGCCAACGCCCGCGGAGAGGCUAACGGCCAGACGCCAAUGGACCCACUGAUGGUGCGGAGGAAUUCCCCGGAGCAAGACAAGACCAUGCACAACGAGGGAGCGGGAGCAGGCAUCAACCUGUGUCAGCGCGAGGUGUGGCAGGAUGCAUACUCCCCGCUGCUCGGCCUGAUGGGCUCCGCAGAGGCCGGGGACCGAGGGAGGCCCGGGACAUCAGUGCCACCUGGGGUCCUGCAGGACACUUGGUUGGAGAGCGUCAAGGACCACCCGCAGCCAAUGGCCAACCAGUCCUUCAUGGAGCAGCAGACGGAUGCCAGCCAGGCCAGGGAUCGCCUGAGGAUGGAGUUGCUAGAGGUGUGAUGGGUCUGGCCGGCCCCCCACCAGAGGCGGGGCCCGUCGGCCCGGCCUGCUGCCCGGUCCCCCCUGGUGUGUGUGAUCAUCAUGACAGCAGAAGUGAUUGUAGCUGGACCGUUGGAUUCUGACUGUAACUGUGAAUAUCCCCCUCUUCCUCUUCCUCCUCCUCCUCCUCCUCCUCCUCCUCCCUUACACCCCCCCCCCUACUCCACCACCACCCUCCGUCCCUCUCACCACCCACCUGCCAUCACUUCCUGCCAUCAUCAAAAGAAAGAAACUUCUCACCUUUUUUGAGUCCUGUAAUGUUUUAACGCCUUUUCAUGCUUCUCUGUGGUCGU